AUGCCAGGGCCACUCGUCUACAAGACGCAAAAUCAUGCUGCAAACCUGCACACGCUGUCGAACACGGAGAAUAAAGCAUGUGCAAAUUGUGUCAAGGCCGACCUUGAAUGUACUUUUCGAGAUGACGCGCUUCAGGAGGAUAUCCCUCGAAGCUAUGUCAAAGCCUUGAACGACCAAAUCCAGUCCUUGAGCUCUCAGCUAGCUUUGCACAUGCACUCUUCACCAAGCAUCACCUCGCCAGUGGGAUUUCCUGCUGCUACAUCGUCCAUACCAGCGGGACCUCCUUCGUAUGUGCUGAUGCCCAGAACUGGCCAGUACAUGUACAUGGGUCUUUCUCUUCCGUCAUUGAUCGCAUUGGCUACUUUUGAGGUCCUUCCUCCUUUCGAGGCCUCAAAUGAGGCUACCGUGAAGGUCGAUGACGAUCUGCAGCUGCAAGAUAACUGGAAGCUCGAUCGUUCCGCACUCACACCUAGAGUCAUGCGGUUUCUACUCAGCCAGUACGACCGUUGUAUCCGGCCCCAGUACGACGUGCCAAUCCCAGAGGUCUCCAACCAGGAUUCAACUUCUCUAAAGAAACUUCCGGAAAAUCAGAAGUUCAAGAUACUCAUUGCGUGUGCCAUAGCUGCGGCACGUGAGAGUUACAAGCACCCUCACUGGAAGGCGAUGGCUCAAUUAUGCAGAGAUUGGGCCAGUGAAUCUUUGAAUUCUGUCAUCUCCUCCUGCGAUGCUGACUCAUUGACUGCGAUUCUUUUAUUGCUUGUCUUUGAACUAGCUGAACCUAGUAGGGGAGCAGUGUGGGAAUUACUAGACCUUGCUAUCCGAACCUGUCUGCAAUUGGGCUGGCACAGAACCAACGGUACACUUGAGAGCGUAUCCACUAUUCACGACACCUUCGAUAAUUCUGAUAAACCUCGUUUGAUGGCUGUGUUGAAAGCUGUGGAAGGAUCCUUGCGAUUGACGUUUGAUCGACCAAAUAUGCUUAGAGAAGCCAGGUUCUCAUAUCCGACAGACAACGACAACAUCAUGCAAAUUUUCACAAACUUGUCCCAAGAAAUCUACGGCAACGGUCAACUUUUGGAAGCCCAAGCUUGCCCAUUCGUGGGCCAGAGCGCCACAUUGAUGGACCUUCUCGACAGUAUGAUAACCACAGACGUCGUAAUCAAUGAAACGUGGCUCCUGUUCCUACCGGUCUGCGUGAGACACAAACAAUGCGUCUUUUGCUUCCAAGAAGCAGACGACCCUAAUAGCAGGGGUAUGCUUGCAUUGAGGCACAAGGUGAUGGCAUCUGCUUGCAAGCUCUUGCUAGAUGUACAUCAAAAAACAGCAGCCGAGUAUAAUUUUAUUCCACCUAUCGUGGCGAGCUCGAGAGCAUUCACCAGUGGAUGUGUUUUGGCAACGAGCAUUGUCAAAAAGUGGACGUCGGCAGAGCAUCACGUUCGUGAUCUCCUGAGAUGCUCAGAAGUUCUCACCUUCUUUGCGCCUCAUUGGAAGGGCGGCUACAGCUAUCUCGAAAUGUGGAGGACAAUUACAAAUCUUCUUCAGCCAGAUCCGACCUGAGCAGAAAGUGUUGGUUCUCUAUUCGAACUGCAAGAAUGAGGGAGUAGAGAAAUUCUGCUGAGGACUAUAUUCGCCUCCAAGCUAAAGUUGACUCUCUAGUCUACCAAUAUGGUUCUAACAGGGGGGGAGAGCGAUGGCUU